GGUCAAUUUACACGCUUUUUAUAGAUUUGAAUUCACUCUCACUGUCACGUAUUGUUCUGUAUACUGUGUAUCAUGCAUGGAUUUACCCCUCAUCAACCGGAGCAGUCCGACUAGUGGUGUGGGGAAUUAGAUCACUGUUGAAACCCACCUCCAAACCACAAAACCUUUCACUUUUCGAAAAGUCGAUGACAGAAGUAUCAAUAAUCAAGAAAAUUAUAGGUACUAAUCAUGACCAAUGCUCUGUCUGCCCCGAUACAGUCUCUUCUUCGAUCCAAAAUCGAUACAGCAUGCAGCAACACCCAGACUGACAUCCCCGGUGUUGUAUUUGUAGCCGUGGAUAAGAAUGGCGAAAGGUUUUCCCAUGCAAGUGGUAAACGAGGUGUCGGAAGCGAUGAGCCCAUGACACUAGAUUCAAUCUUCUCAAUCCUAUCGUGCACGAAGCUAGUGACAGCGAUAGCGUGUAUGCAAUUAGUUGAAAAGGGAGUUCUCAGUCUCGACGAUCCCGAUCAAGUUGAGAAACUAUCAUGGGAGUUGAAAGACAUCAAAGUACUGCAGGAUGGAAAGCUGGUGGAAAAGAAAAAUAGGAUCACGUUAAGGAUGUUACUGAGCCAUACUGCUGGAUUUGGAUAUACAUUUUUCCAUGAGGAACUGAGAGAUUUUAGCUAUCCAGUGGGAUAUGACGAAUUCAGUGGCCAUUUAACAGGAGUUAUGCAGCCGCUUGUUCACCAUCCUGGUGAGGCAUGGGAGUAUGGUGUAGGAAUUGACUGGGCAGGCAUCCUUCUUGAGCGUGUCACUGGACUCAAGCUUGGCGAGUACAUGCAAAAGAACAUCUUUGAGCCUCUUGGUAUUGACAAUAUCUCCUUUUCACCGUCCAAUCAUACCGCAAAAUUGGCAUAUAUGAAUUCUCGAUCGCCCGAUGGAAAGUUAUCUGCCAGAGACCAUCUUCUCAAUCGCUCUUUAAAUGUAGGAUCGGAAGACGAUGCCCAGAGACUCUUUCAUUCUGGAGGUGCAGGGUUAUUCGCGCAGCCACAGCAGUAUGCCAAAAUAUUAUCUACCUUGCUGAAUAAUGGCGUAUCGCCUCACUCCAAUCGUCAAAUCCUGCGCAAGGAGACAGUGGAUGAGAUGUUCAGAAACCAAAUUCCCAAAUUCCCAAAUUUUGGUCGCAAAGGCGUUCCCGCUGCAAAACCGUUACUUACAAACCCUAUCCCCGAAUUAUACCCCAACGGUGAGAAACCUCAGGGAUGGGGGUUGUCAUUUAUGAUUACUGGGGGAGCCACGGGCCGAUCCGAAAGUACAGGUUAUUGGGCCGGAUUGGCGAAUCUGUUCUGGUGGAUGGAUCGUGAGAAAGGAAUUGGGGGUAUAAUUUGCACUCAGAUCUUACCUUUCGCAGAUUUGAAAGUUGUAAAGCUAUGGGCUGAGUUGGAGGGGACUCUUUAUGCAGCCAUGAGUGAGGGUUCUCUCUAAUAUUCUGAUAAUUUUGGUCAACUAGUGGUUGUCAAACUGAGAAUAAUGAGAUUUUCUGUUUAUUAACAGCGCCAUGGUCUGAUACACUACUCUCUCAUACAUAACAGUGAAUAUUCAAACAUGUAAGCUAACCGUUUGAAGGUGGCUCUUGAGGCUGUCAUUUCAAUGUUGUUUCUAAGACAUUUACAAGACUGAAGAAACGAAGAAUAUAUCAAUCAAUCGAUGAAUUCAUAAAUUUAAAAUAUUCACAGAAGGUUAC